UGCCGGUCGGACCCUACAGGAAGAGGACUUGUUGGUAGCUGUUCGCUAAAGGUCUUUAAACCGGAUCCUCGAACCCGGUGUGAAGUGAACCCGUCAGGUAACCAGAUACAGACGGUGAGCAGGUCCCAGGUUGAUGGCCGGUCUUGCUCCUCCUGUCCCAUCGACUCUCACCUCGUUCCUCUCCACCCUUCUUCCCUGCGGCGUCGCUGUGGGGCCGUCCCGGCUCUGCGAGGGACGACUGGGGCUGUGGUGGGUCGGCCGCUCGCUGGGGGCCGGCUCCCUGCUGGGCAGGGAGGGGGACGCAGACUGGACCUGGAAGCAUCACACCGACCUCAGGACCCACGGCCAGGAGGGCGACCGCACGCUGAACUCUCACAGCACCGAGGAACAAAAGGAACUGAGACAGGAAGUCGUAAACAAGGAGGCUCUUCUACAAAAAGCUGUUUGGAUCAACUUUGCGUGCCGGGCGCUCAGCAGAGCUCAGCAGAACGUGGCAGUGCAGUGUGUGUGUGGACAGAUGUGUGUCGCCGAGUGUGUGGACGUGUUUCUGCGUGUUUGUGAGGACGUCCAGCCUGGAACCGAGCUGCUGUUUUAUGACGACACUGAAGGAAACGGUCACACAACAGAUGAAACCAACACACAGGAGAAGUCAGAUCAUGAAAAAGACCCAGAGAGCACAACUAGGAAGAUAUCAAUCAAUCAAGAAAAGGAAGAGAUGGACAAACACAAGGAGAGAAAACCGGAGGAGGAGGAGGAGGAGGAGGGACGGAACAGAAACCCCUGCAGACGCAUGAAGAAGAGUCACCCAGUCAGACCCAGGAGGAGGAGGAGAGUGGAGGAGACCCCGUCUGAUGAAGGACAGCAGGGAGGUGAUGGUGAAACACACAAUGAAGUGAGGACAGCUCCACAGUCUCACUGUCACUCUGACUCCAGAGGCCUCUCUGAGCCGCCUCAUGUCCGCUGCAGCUCCCGCCUGGCUGCCAAACCACGACGGGUUCACUGUCACACCGGCCUGGUGAAGCCCCCCCCCGCCCGCCCAGACCCGCCUGAACACACACAGGGAAAGAGGCGGAGCUCCGCAGAGGGCGCCAGGUGCAUCCCAGAAAAGAUGGUUUCCAUAAAGACGUUACACCCUGAGGCUGAGAGCGCCGCGGCUGCUUCGACGUGGCAGCCGGAGAUCAGAGAGAGACGCUACAGAUGUUCCAGCUGUGGUAAAACGUUCUACCAGCUCAGCCACUUAAAGAAACAUCAGUUCAGUCACACAGAGGAGAAACCGUUCAGCUGCCAAGAGUGUGGGAGAAACUACACGUCUGCAGAGAGCUUCAGAGCUCAUCAGAUGAGUCACCGCGGGGAGCGUCCGUUCUCCUGUCCUCACUGUGACAAGACCUACGGACUGAAGAGGGACCUGAAGGAGCACAUGGUUCUGCACACCGGGGAGAAACCUUACGCCUGUGAGCACUGUGGCAAAGCGUUUGGACGCCGCCCCUCGCUACGCAUCCACCGCCUGCUCCACUGCAGCAGGAUGAUCUACACGCAGCCUCCGAAGGUGCAGUGCACACUCUGCCCCAAGCUGCUGGCUAACUUCAGCUCUCUGAGGAACCACAUGAAGCUCCACACAGGAGAGAGACCUCACGUCUGUCAGCACUGUGGGAAGUGCUUCAGUCAGAAAGGAAACCUGGAGUGCCACUUGAGGAUUCACAGCGGAGAGAAGCCGUAUCCCUGCUCCGAGUGUAACCAGAGUUUCUCCCAGAAGCCAGAGCUGCGCCGGCACAUGAUUUGCCACACGGGCGGAGGCUUCCUCUGCAGCUACUGUGGGAAAUCACUGAGGGAUCCACACAGCCUGAAGUCCCACGAGCGACUGCACACUGGAGAAAGGCCACAUCGCUGCCCUGUCUGUGGAAAAGGUUACACGUUGGCCACCAAACUGAGGAGACACAUCAAGUCCUCUCACGUGAUGGAGAAGCCGUACAGCUGCCACUGUGGUGCGUCGUAUACUGUGAGACAGAGUCUGCUGAGGCACCAGGCUCAGCACAGGAAGGAGGCAGGAGCUCAGGAGGAGGUGGGAGAGGAGGCAGGACACAGGGAGGAGACGGACAGCAGCUGGAACGAUGCCACUUCAAACUCCACUCACCCGAAGCCAAUCAGAGGCCGACCCAAGAAGAACCCCCUCCCACAAGAGGCGGGGGAGACGGAGGCUGGGGAGGUGAAGUGGAGAAAGGGAAGAGGGGAGGAAAAGGAGGUGAGGCAGGUAGGAAGGAGAGUUGAAGAGGACCCCACUUCAAGAGGAGGAGAUGAGGAGGUUAACAUCCAGCACGCCGUCGUCUACGUCCACGCAGACGUCCUGUCCACGCCAAGCUCCGCCCCUCUGCUCCUCGCCUCGGAGAACUCCCUGCCUGCAGGGGCGGGGCCGGAGCUGAUGGAGGUGGUGAUAUCAGAGGGCGCAGAGCAGUGCAUUGUGGUCCACGGGCAGCAGGCGGUAGGAGAGCUGCUGCUCUUACAGGAGGAGGAGAGCGGACUCUGCUCUGUGGCUCAGACUGUGGAGAUAAACACUGUAGAUCUCACGCUUCCAUGAUGACGUCACAGUGAAUGUGUUUACUUGUUUGUCUCCUCUAACCCCCCCCCCCCACAGAGCAGAUGGGAUCUCAGCAGACAUGAGGAAACUCCUUCUCUUACAUGUUCUGCUCAGUUUGCUGUUUGUGUGUCGAUCUUUUCAGUCGGUGGAUUGAUUCUGAGCGACUGAUGUUUACUUUGGAUUCUCAGGAUUAAAAACACUUGAAGCUGAACUUUACUUUCAGACAUUUACACAAAAAUAAACAGCAAAAUACA